AACAUCCCAACCGUCAAGGCCGUUCUCUGCUAUCUUCCACAACAAAAUACUUUUGUAGACUUCACUCAGACCCAGAUAGCUGCAGAGCCAAACAAUAAUGUGUGAGAAUAAGGAAAGUCACAGGAGAGAAUCAGUUUUCCGGAGCUAAUUGGAACCUCCAUCCUUAUAGAAACUCUCUGUCAAGUUGUUGCAUAUACAGUACAGUCAUGGUGUCCUGUGCUCUCUUCAUCCUGGGCCCUCUGUGGGUCCACAUUCUCACACAAGCCUGCGUUGGAGAGGAGCUGUCCCGGGAGGCGGUGUUGUCCUGGUUCAGAGAGCGGGUCCUAGAGGGCCUCGGGCUGGAGGAGCCUCCUCUAACCACAGCACAGCGUCCUGGGAGGGACACGGCACAGCCAGAAGCAAGGCGCGCACCCAGACGGGCCCCCAGGACCAGCAGGACAGCGUGGGUCAACCAUCAAACCAGUCCGACCCAGGAGACAUCCCAGAUUAUUCUCUUCCCCAGUUCUGACUCAUCCUGUGCCAGAUCUGACACAGCUCCUGGAGAGACCACCAACAGCCACUUCACAUAUUACUUCCAGCCCUCCGUGAACAACCAGGAGACUCUGGUCACAUCUGCCCACUUCUGGUUCUACGCAGGCGAAGGAGCCUCGGCUAACUCCUCGGCCCAGCUGUUCAUUCUAACGUCGGCGCGGCAGCUCCUUCCGGCGGCGGAUGCUCCGUCAGUGACGGGCUCAGACGGAUGGACCACCUACCACCUGGAUCAACACCCGCUGGCCUCUGUGGCUGAGGGGCCUUUUCUGCUCCAGGUCCGCUGUCUAGCCUGUCAGUGCCACGCCGACGAACCGGACAAGACGGCCUUUCUUCACCUCCACGCUCGGCCUCGCGGUCCCGUCCGCUCGCCCCGCAGCGCACCGGUAACCAUCCCCUGGUCUCUUUCUGCUAUCGACCUGCUCCAGCGGCCCUCUCAGGAGAGACCCCAACACAGCGACUGCCACCGAGCAGAGGUCGAAAUCAGCUUCGAGGAGCUGGGCUGGGACAGCUGGAUCGUCCACCCGAAGGUGCUGACUUUCUACUACUGUAACGGCAACUGCUCCGCCUGGGAUCGAACCGCCGCCAUGCUGGGGAUCACGCAGUGCUGCGCUCCGGUCCCGGGGACCAUGAGGUCCCUGAGGAUCACCACGACGUCCGACGGCGGGUACUCGUUCAAGUACGAGACCUUGCCCAACAUUAUACCUGAAGAGUGUACUUGUAUCUGAACAGUAAAGUUAGUUCACCCAAAUUACAAAAAGGAUUUCCUGUUUAUCUGCCACUGGUUCCCAACAUGGGGGUCCUGACCCCCACCAGGGGUCGCCAAAGCUUCCCGGGCAACACAUUCUCACUCUCAAAUACCGUCGUUGGUCAGUGCCCCUCGGCAUCGGAGACCGACGCAUGGGGUACAUCUCUUGGGUUACUUUUCGGCAGCGUGUCAAUAUACGCUUGUACAUGCAUGGUGUCCUUCAAAAUAAACUUCACAGGAAGUUAGGUUUAGGCAACACAACCACUUAGGGUUCGGAAACAGUCCUGGUUGACGUUAAC